AUUUCUUUCUUUCUUUUUUUAUCUUUUUAUUUUUCGUUUUUUUUUCUUUUGGCUCUGUUUGGUUGCUGAGAAAACAAAUAAGGACGUUCGAUUUAUUCUUCUGCUUCGUUCAGUUUCGCAUCCUUCAUUUCGUUAGUAAAAGAUUUCGAGUUUUCGAGUUUCCUUUUUUCUUUUCUCGAGUUUAUCUCAUUCACAAACGGAUAGAGCAUCAUUAGAAAUCUCUAAAAUUUGCCAUACUCAAUGAUUUUAACGUAGCUUUUGAUUUUUUUUUGUUUCUUUCUUUUAAUCCUCAUCAGUAUAAAUCAUUAAAAGAGUUCCUUUGUUAAUUAUUUCAGUUACAACUGCAAAACUAUUUUAAUUCACUGACGAUGAAAAAGUUGCUUUUGGAUAAUUGAUUCAGUUUUUGUUUUUUAAUCAGUAAUAACCAAGAACCACAAACUUAAAUAAUUGACUCAGCUUUUGUUGUUUACUCAGUAAUUACUAACAACCACAAACUCAUAAUUUCGCUGACCAAGUCAAUUAUGGUGGCGUUGGAUACAGUGAUAAUUCAAUUCUAUUAUAUGUACAGUAAAUGCAAUUUCUAUUUAUCAAUUAUUAAUAGUGGAAGCCAGCUUAUAUUUGGUUUAAUGAUAAGCAUUAAGUUUUUAAAUGUUUGGGAAAAUUAAUUAAAAUGAGACUUUUAGUUUCAUGAAUCUGCUGCUAAAUUGCACCUGGUCCUAAUCUUUUCUUAAGAGUCAGUGACGUAUUUAGAUUUUAUAUGUGAGAGAUGGUUGCCUUUGGGAAGAAGUUAAAGGAAAGACAAAUUCAGGAAUGGCAACGCUUUUACAUAAACUACAAAUUAAUGAAGAAGAAAGUCAAACAGUAUGCUCAUCAAAUUGAAGUUGGGACACAAGAUCGCCGACAUGUUCUCAAGGAUUUCUCAAGAAUGCUGGAUAAUCAGAUUGAGAAGAUUGUCCUUUUUCUGUUGGAGAAACAAGGCCAACUUGCAAGCAGGUUAACAAAGCUUAGAGAACAGCAUGAUGCACUUGAUGAGCAGCCAGAAAUAUCCCAAAUAACUGAACUAAGAGAGGCUUAUAGAGUUGUGGGACAAGAUCUUCUGAAGCUUCUCUAUUUUGUUGAGAUGAAUGCUAUUGGUCUGCGAAAGAUAUUGAAGAAGUUUGAUAAACGCUUUCGCUAUAGAUUCACCGAUUACUAUGUCAAAACUCGUGCUAAUCAUCCUUACUCUCAGCUGCAGCAAGUGUUCAAGCACGUGGGUUUAGGGGCUGUUGUUGGGGCAAUAUCUCGUAAUCUUCAUGAACUCCAGGACCGACAAGGAAGCUACUUAUCAAUUUAUGAUCCGCCUGCCCUUCCUCUCCAGGAUCCUGUGGUUGAUGCAAUAAAAGCAGCUGUGGAUAGGUUAACUCACUCUACAAACUUUCUAAACUUUCUGGCACAACAUGCUCUCAUUAUGCAAGAAGAACUACCUGCUCCUGUUGAGGAACACAUUGAUGAAGAGAGAUACCAUUUUAUGUCACUCCUCCUGAACUUAGCAAACACGUUCCUUUAUAUGGUCAAUACAUAUAUUAUUGUCCCCACAGCAGAUGACUAUUCCAUGAGGCUUGGAGCUGCUGCAACUGUUUGUGGUAUCGUUAUUGGGGCAAUGGCUGUUGCACAGGUGUUUUCUUCGGUGUAUUUUAGUGCGUGGUCUAAUAGAUCAUACUUCAGACCUCUCAUAUUUAGCAGUAUUGUCCUACUUGUGGGAAAUACCAUGUAUGCAAUGGCUUAUGAUCUGAACUCAUUAACAGUUCUUCUACUGGGUCGGCUUUUUUGUGGAUUCGGUUCUGCUAGAGCUGUUAACCGCCGGUAUAUCAGUGAUUGUGUACCAUUAAAAAUCCGAAUGCAGGCAUCAGCUGGCUUUGUUAGUGCCAGUGCUUUGGGUAUGGCCUGUGGUCCUGCUCUUGCUGGCAUACUUCAGACAAAUUUCAAGAUUUACAAGUUUACAUUUAACGAAGCCACUUUGCCUGGAUGGGUUAUGGCUGUUGCUUGGCUUGUAUAUCUGAUGUGGUUGUGGAUCUCAUUUAAAGAACCAUCUCGGGAUAUUGAAGAGAAUAAUUCACCUCAUGUAUCUAGUUCUGAACCAGCAGAAAACGAUGUGCUUGAGAAAGGUCUUAAACAACCAUUGCUCAUUACUUCAGAAGAGAAGGAAGAAGAUGAUGAAGACCCAGAAGGUGAUGGAAGUGAAGAAGCUUCUGAGGAAUCUCGUCAACCAGCUACAUCAAUUAAAUCAGCUUAUAGACUACUUACACCCUCAGUAAAGGUUCAGUUGUUGAUAUAUUUCAUGCUCAAGUAUGCGAUGGAAAUUUUACUCUCAGAAUCUAGUGUCAUCACCACAUACUACUUCCACUGGUCUACUAGCACGGUAGCCAUCUUUCUUGCAUGUCUUGGCUUAACAGUUCUUCCAGUAAACAUUGUUGUUGGGAGCUACAUUAGCAAUAUGUUUGAAGACAGGCAAAUUUUAAUGGCAUCUGAAAUUAUGGUUUGCAUAGGCAUAUUGUUAAGCUUCCACAUAAUAAUACCAUACACCGUGCCCCAGUAUGUCUGCUCAGGUCUCAUCAUGUUUGUUUCUGCUGAAGUACUCGAAGGUGUCAACUUGUCACUGCUUUCUCGAGUAAUGUCAUCUAGGCUCUCCCGUGGAACCUACAAUGGUGGACUGUUGUCAACAGAAGCUGGGACUAUUGCUCGAGUGAUUGCGGAUGCCACAAUAACGCUGGCUGGGUACUUAGGUCAGAGCCAACUUUUGAAUAUCACUCUACUUCCUUCACUACUGAUAUGCGUCGCCUCUAUUGUUGCUACAUGCUUUACCUACAACUCUUUAUAUUGAUCAAUUCAAGGGAAAAUUCAUUAUUCCUUUCACAAAUCCAUCCUUGAUUUUGUUCCCUCUUCUAUUAUUUGUUUUUAUUAUUCUUUUUCUUAUCAAUGCCGUAUACUGUGGGAAACUUGAGCAUUGGUUAUCUUCUAUAAUUGUAUUUUAGUAACAUUAAGUUGUUUUUCUUUUCAAAGUGCAUUUAGAUGAGAAAUUUCAAAAUUUUGAAGCGAAUGUAUUUUAAAAUACAUCAAUUUAAAAGUUUUGAGAGUGGCAUCGCGGUUGGUUCACAUCCCAACCACAAAUGCAAGCUUCAAUAUAUGGACUAAAACCCGUUUGGGAGGGCGAUCAUAUGGUUUAGGACUUGACUGAUUGUGCUCAAACGGGCUUUAGCCGACCGAAAGAAAAAUGACAGCUACCAACCUUAAGCUACAAUAAUUGAUGAUUAAUGUUGAAAUUGGUUUACUUGAUGUUCCAGCUAAACAGAAGUCCAAGUUUGAACUAGCUCUAUGGCCAUUAAGUCCAUGAGGGCUACCCUUUACGGUUGGUUGGGUUUAAUUAAUUAUCAUCUUUCCCCUAUUUCAAUAAUUACUAUAUUGCAACUAAUUGAUAUUGACAAAAACUAGAGCUGGAAAUGAAUUGGGCAUGAUGGAACGUAUAUUUGUUAUUUGUUUGUUUAUUUUUAAAGGUAUUCGAAUUUGAU